UCAUUCCUUGUAUGGAAAGGCAGUAGUACAUGAUCAUCAACACAGAGGUGGAGUUCACGCAAAGUGGUCUACACGAGAGCUGUCUGACAAGGGCUUUCCAUUACGGAGAGGAGAAGAUAGAAGACCGUCCUCUCCUGCUGGAAAAUAAAACCCUAAAUGACCACACCUUGGCAGUCAAUUAAAAAACUAAAAUCUCUGGAAACAGAAAACGAAAACAACUGGGGUCUGUUUGAAAAUAGCACUGAUGGCGGCUGAUCAGAUUAGCUAGUGUAACCCAGACUGUUAUCUGGCUAACUGUGACUACAACAAGCUGCUGUGGACUUACACUGUAUUUCCUUUAUAGUAUCGUAUACUGUAUUCGUGGGUUGUAAAUUCUGCUAAGCAAUGGAUUCCUACAGCACAGCCGUCUUUUUGGUCGUACUUUUAUCUUCGCUAAUGAAUCUUUCUUCAGCAGAGUUUCCUACUCCAGCAACAGUAAAGACGUGGGUGGAUAAGAUGCAGGAGGACCUUGUCACAUUGGCCCGUACAGCAAGUGGAGUUGAUCAGCUAGGCGCGGUAUUUUUGAAAAACAGGGAUUCCUAUACAGUGGAAAUGAAUAAUGCUCAGCAGUUGGUAGAAAGUGCAGCCUGGAAUAUAGAAAAACUGCUGCUGAACAGAUCAAUGGCUUUGGAGACCCUUGCAACAGCGGCUGAGAAUUUCCAGAUGGAACACCAAUGGAAAAAUGAGUUUGGGGAAAAUGAUACAAUGUACUACAAUGCAAAAGAUAACAUAGACUUACAGAAGCUCAUGAGACAACAUGGAUACCCGCCACGCAAGUCUGAUACUAAUGAGACCGGCCGAAUAAAGCCAGAAUUCGUAGAAGAUCCUUCCUUCAAACGCCGCAUUAACUACAACUACACUGCCGUCCAUAUCCCCACUGACAUCUAUGAAGGCUCAACUAUAGUGUUAAAUGAACUGAACUGGACUGCAGCAUUGGAAGAUGUUUUUAAAAAGAACCGUGAUGAAGAUCCCACGUUGCUGUGGCAGGUGUUCGGCAGUGCAACUGGUUUGGCACGGUAUUACCCAGCCUCUCCAUGGAUGGAUUCUUCAAAAACACCUAACAAGAUUGACCUGUACGAUGUUCGCCGGCGACCAUGGUACAUUCAGGGAGCUGCCUCACCUAAAGACAUGCUGAUUCUGGUGGAUGUGAGUGGAAGUGUUUCUGGCCUGACUCUCAAGUUGAUCCGGACGUCGGUCUCUGAGAUGUUGGAAACACUUUCUGAUGACGACUAUGUGAAUGUAGUUUCUUUCAACAACGAUGCCAAGAAUGUCAGUUGCUUCACCCAUCUUGUUCAAGCCAACGUCCGCAAUAAGAAGGUGCUGAAAGAUGCAGUUCAUAAAAUCUUAGCAAAGGGAAUCACAGAUUACAAAAAGGGCUUCAGCUUUGCCUUUGAACAGCUGUCAAAUUUUAAUGUCUCUCGAGCCAACUGCAACAAGAUCAUCAUGCUGUUCACUGACGGAGGGGAAGAGCGAGCUCAGGAGAUCUUUGAGAAAUACAACCCAGAAAAGAAGGUCCGUGUAUUUACAUUCUCUGUUGGUCAACACAACUAUGAUAAAGGCCCAAUUCAGUGGAUGGCCUGUGCCAAUAAAGGACACUAUUAUGAAAUUCCAUCCAUUGGAGCCAUAAGGAUCAACACCCAGGAGUACCUUGACGUGUUGGGAAGACCAAUGGUGUUGGCUGAUAAGAAGGCCAAACAAGUACAAUGGACAAAUGUGUACCUGGAUGCACUGGAACUUGGUCUUGUUAUCACCGGAACGCUGCCAGUCUUCAACAAAACCAAAGAGCUCAAGUCAAGUGAGAAAGGUGCUGUUCCAAGACAGAACCAGCUGAUUCUCGGAGUGAUGGCAAUCGACGUGUCUCUUGAGGACAUUAAGAGGCUCACGCCUCGCUUUACAAUUGGCCCAAAUGGUUACUAUUUUGCAAUCGACCCGAAUGGCUAUGUUUUGCUCCAUCCUAACCUUCAACCAAAGACGAUUGGUGUAGGCAUCCCAAAGAUUUAUACGGGAAAACGGAAGCCUGUUUUCCAGAAUCCCAAAUUUCAGGAGCCGGUUACACUGGAUUUUCUGGAUGCUGAACUGGAGAAUGAUGUCAAAGUGGAGAUUCGACGGAAAAUGAUUGAUGGAGAAAAAGGAGAGAUUCAAAUAAACACACUAGUGAAGUCUCAGGAUGAGAGGUAUAUUGACAAGGGAGUCAGAACAUACACCUGGACCCCAGUGAAUGGCACAGAUUACAGCUUGGCAUUGGUAUUGCCGUCCUACAGUGCUUACUAUAUUAAGGCAAAAGCUGACGACACAAUCACACAGGCCAGAUCCAAAAAGAGCAAACUGAAGGUUUCCGAAACCCUGCAACUUGAUUACUUUGAAGAAUAUGGUUACACAUCAAUUGCACCAAGGGAAUACUGCAAGGACUUGAAACUGUCAAGCAACAAAACCCAGUUUCUCUUGGAAUUCAAUGAUUUUAUUGACAGAAAGUCACCCAGUCAUCCAUCUUGCAACGUUACACUAGUUAACCGGCUCUUACUUGAUGCUGGGUUUUCAAAUGAAUUGGUGCAGUACUGGAAAAAGCAAUCUCCCCAAGGAGUUCUUGCCAGGUUUGUCGCUACUGAUGGUGGAAUAACAAGAAUUUACCCAAAAAGUGCUGGGGAGGAUUGGACAGAAGAUGCAGAGACAUAUGAGGCAAGCUUUUACAAGAGGAGUCUGGAUAAUCCAUUUUAUAUCUUCACUGCACCAUACUUCAACAAUUCAGAAAUUGGUGUGAGUGGCUUUGAUUCUGGUAUAAUGGUGAGCAGAGCAGUUGAAAUUACAGUGGAUGGUAAACUAUUAAAACCUGCUGUUGUUGGAGUAAAGAUUAAUGUCACUACCUGGAUGGAGAACUUCACAAAAGCCACAAUGAGGACAGAUUGCACAAGUGAGAUAUGUGACUGUGAGAAAAACAACAAGUAUGUAGACUGUGUGAUUCUGGAUGAUGGUGGAUUCCUCUUGAUGUCUAAUCAGGAUGAGUACAUCUCACAGAUUGGCAGGUUCUUUGGAGAGAUUGACCCCAGUUUCAUGAGGAACCUUAUAGAGGUGCCUCUGUAUUCAUUUAAUAAGUCUUACGAUUAUCAGUCUGUGUGUGAUCCACAGAGAGAUACCAAGGCUGCAGCUGGUCUGCGUUCUGUCUUUGUGCCUACAAUAGCAGAUAUUUUAAACAUUGGCUGGUGGGCUUCUGCAGCUGCAUGGUCAAUAUUGCAGCAGUUAUUUUUAACCCUUACAUUCCCAAAUGUUCUAGAAGCAGCUGACAUUGAAGAAGAGAUAGCAGCUCUGUCAAAGAAAAGCUGUAUUACCGAGCAGACUCAAUAUUUCUUUUCCAAUAAUAUGAAAUCAUUUCACGGCGUCCUAGACUGUGGAAACUGUUCCAGAAUAUACCACGCAGAAAAGCUGGCGAACACAAAUUUAGUAUUCCUGAUUGUUGACAGCAAAGUGACCUGUCUGGCCUGUGACUCAAAACCAUUGAUUCAAGCAGAACAGCCAUCUGAUGGACCAAAUCCUUGUGAGUUAGCUCAAAACCCUAGACAUAGGAAAGGACCCGAAGUCUGUUUUGACAACGAUGACAAUGAGGACGAUUCUGACUGUGGUGGGGUCUCUGGUUUGAGCCCAUCACUGUGGUCCAUGAUUGGAAUCCAACUUGUGCUGCUUUGGCUCUUAACUGGAUCAAGACAUUACCCGUCAUGACCCCAGAAAUAAAGGCCAAGCUCCUUUCUGCAUACAUUUCAAGAUCCUGCCAAAUUUUGUUUCCGAAAUUUUAUGUUGACAGGGGUUGAUGAAAACAAAAGAAAAAAAUGACCCAGGAAGUAGAAGACUGAUCAUGUCCAUACCCUGGAGUAAUUUUGCCUGGGAAAGCCACUGACCUUUCACUGAAGAAGAACAUUGAAUGUUACUCCAUCUGAAGCUGAAUGCCCCCACAAAGGCAGAAGUAUGGACUGUCUGAUCUUUGGAAGGGAUCUUUUGGGGAACGCUACUUCAUUUAUGUUGUGGUUUCUCGGUGUGCUUCUUUUUUCAAAAUACAAAUAGUAAUAUAAUAUAAAAAAAAAAUAAUCUAGACUUUUAAAAACAUAUAAAGACUUAAAGUGAUGCCCCUCGUAACUGUUUUGUUAGUAUUUUUGCUGAAUGUUAAUUUAGGGUUCUGAAGGCUAGCAAUUGGUUACAAGCUGUUGUAAAGUGUAAAAAAUAAGCAUGUCGGAUUUCUCUUCUAAGUAAAAAGGAGCAUAAACCCAAUUUCAGAGAGUUUACAAACACAUAUUAAUAGUGAUGAUGGUUCUACACAUAAGGCAGCAUCAGUGAUGAAUUCAUGUAUACUAUAGAUUUUAUGAAAACCAAACAACAUUCAAACAGUAGUCGGUUGCUUGGUUUACAAAAAUAAACCCAUACACAAUGCAUCAACAUUUGGGGUAGAUUUACUAAGAUAUGUUCUUGCAGACGCAGAA